UCCCAGGCUUGAUGCUAGGGCCGAGAACUGUGUACCUACCCUGUACCUUCAGCUCACUGUAACCCUUAAGGAGGUGCUCAAGUCACUCAAGACUACUGGCCAAUUGGAGUCUUCAAUGCACCUGCCAAUCAGAAGAGAAGGCGGGCUUUUCCGGGUUCCUAGGUGUAGGAUUUGUUUAGUAGUUAAGUAGUCUUAACUGGUCCUGGCUGCUGUGCUCUCUGUUCUGCCUUUGGAUUCUCUGAGGCAUGUUCAGGCAAGCUCCAAAGUUGCGACAUGGAUGUAUUGACCUAUGAUGAUGUACAUGUGAACUUCACUCGAGAAGAAUGGGCUUUGCUGGAUCCUUCACAGAAGAGUCUCUACAAAGAUGUGAUGCAGGAGACCUACAGGAACCUCACUGCUAUAGGUUACAAUUGGGAAGACCAUACUAUUGAAGAACAUUGUCAAAGUUUCAGAAGACAUGGAAGGUAAUUUUCAUGUGCAAGUUGGUAUGAAUAUGCCUCUGAAGAAAUGUUAGUAUGUCCUGGAACUUUUAAAGAAAAGCAACAGUGGUAAAGAAAAAAGCACUUCUCUAAGUUUAUUGAUUAUUAAAUUCUCACAAAUCCAUGUACCUCAAUGUCAGGUGUCUGAUUUGAAAGAAAACAAGGAAACAAUGCCUUAACAAAUAUUACCAUUUGAAUCAUAGCCACAUUACAGCUACUCUGUAUACCUGCCAAUCUGUUUAGUCUCAUAACACACACACACACACACACACACACACACACACACACACACACGCACAGAGAGAGAAACAGAGUAGGUGAUAAGUUUAUGUUUCUAAUAGGCAAAUAUAUCAUAGUAAAGCUGAUUACUCAUAUAGUAACAUUGUUAAGUUUAAGUGAGAGGGACAGUUUAUGAGAGUCAAGAAUGUUUUUGAAGAGAAAACUUAAUUCUUAUACCAUAUGUCUAUGAUGAACAAAAAAUCAAACUGUAUGAAUGAUGCAAUGUGGAAAUAUUUCAUUUGUUAUUUUAACAGCUAUAUCCUGUGUCACAAUGGAUACAAGCCAUGUGAGCACAAGGAUAUUGAAAGAAGCAAUGUCUCCCCACCCCCAGAACAAUUAAGAUAUAUGUAGUAGUCCACAUUUGAGCAGACUUUCUCAGUGUGAUACAAGUUUAUAAUUAGUUGGUUUCCCAACUUCAUUGGGAAUAUAUCCAUAAAGUCACAUAGCAGAAAAUCCCUAUGAAUACUAGGAUUGUGGAAAUUCCUUUCUGUUUGUCCUGGUUCACUUUGCUGAUGUGGUAUGCAAACGUAGUGUAUUUCACAAUAAUGGAAAGCAUAUGAAUGUACUCAAUGUGGUAAAGCUCUGAGCUCUUCCAUUUCUCUUCAAAUAUAUGAGAAAUCUCAUAGAGAUAAAAGAUGGUACAAAUGUGAGCCAUGUAAUAACACUUUUACCAACCCAUAAUGAAUGGGAAACCAUGAGUGUAAACAAAGUGAUACAACCUUAAGAUGUGAUUCUUCUUUACAAUUAGACCAAAUUAUAAAAUUAAUUUCCAAUUAUUAGAUUCAUUAGUUUAGUGGUAAAGCUUUCACAUGUGCCAACUAUCUAUCUUUGCAGGCAUGAAAGAUGUCAUACUGGAGAGAAACCCUCUGAAAAUACUCAGUGUUGUAAAGCCUUUGCACAACAUAGUCCUCUCCAAAGACAUAAAAGCACACAUACUGGAGAGAAACUCUAUGAAUGUAAGUCACGUGAUAAAGCCUUUACAUACUAUUCUCAGCUUCAAACUCUUGAAAGAAUUCAUGCUGGAGAAAAACCCUACAAAUGCAAUCAAUGUGGUAAAGCCUUUACAUCUCAUAGUUCUCUCCAAGUACAUGAAAGAAUACAUACUGGAGAGAAACCCUACAAAUGCAAUCAAUGUGGUAAAGCCUUUGCACAACUCAGUCAUCUCAAAACGCAUGGAAUAACACAUUCUGGAGAGAAACCUUACGAAUGUGAACAGUGUGGUAAAGCCUUUACAUCUCAUAGUUAUCUCCAAGUAUAUAAAAGAAUACAUACUGGAGAGAAGCUCUAUGAAUGUGAUCAAUGUGGUAAAGCCUUUGUACUUCACAAUGCUCUUAAAAGACAUAAAAGAAUACAUACUGGAGAGAAGCUCUAUGAAUGUGAUCAAUGUGGUAAAGCCUUUGCAUAUCAUAGUUAUCUCCAAGUACAUAAAAGAAUACAUACUGGAGAGAAACCCUACAAAUGCAAUCAAUGUGGUAAAGCCUUUGCACAACUCAGUCAUCUCAAAACGCAUGGAAUAACACAUACUGGAGAGAAAUCCUACGAAUGCAAUCAGUGUGGUAAAGCCUUUACAUCUCAUAGUUAUCUCCAAGUACAUAAAAGAAUACAUACUGGAGAGAAGCUCUAUGAAUGUGAUCAAUGUGGUAAAGCCUUUGUACUUCACAGUACUCUUAAAAGACAUAAAAGAAUACAUACUGGAGAGAAGCUCUAUGAAUGUGAUCAAUGUGGUAAAGCCUUUACAUCUCAUAGUUAUCUCCAAGUACAUAAAAGAAUACAUACUGGAGAGAAGCUCUAUGAAUGUGAUCAAUGUGGUAAAGCCUUUGUACUUCACAGUGCUCUUAAAAGACAUAAAAGAAUACAUACUGGAGAGAAGCUCUAUGAAUGUGAUCAAUGUGGUAAAGCCUUUGCAUAUCAUAGUUAUCUCCAAGUACAUAAAAGAAUACAUACUGGAGAGAAGCCCUAUGUAUGUGAUCGGUGUGAUAAAGCCUUUGCAUAUCAGAGUUAUCUCCAAGUACAUAAAAGAAUACAUACUGGAGAGAAGCCCUAUGUAUGUGAUCGGUGUGAUAAAGCCUUUGCAUAUCAUAGUUAUCUCCAAGUACAUAAAAGAAUACAUACUCGAGAGAAUCUCUAUGAAUGUGAUCAAUGUGGUAAAGCCUUUACAUCUCAUAGUUCUCUCCAAGUACAUAAAAGAAUACAUACUGGAGAGAAGCCCUAUGUAUGUGAUCAAUGUGGUAAAGACUUCGUAGUUCCGAGUGAUCUUAAAAGACAUAAAAGAACACAUACUGAAGAGAAACUUUACAAAUGUAAUGAAUGUGGUAAGGCCUUUGUCUGUAAUGCUAGUCUCCGAAAACAUAAAGCAACACAUACUGGAGUGAAACCUUUCGAUUGUAAGCAAUGUGGUAAAGCCUUUGUAGGUCAGAAUGACCUUAGAAGGCAUGAAAGAAUUCAUACUGGAGAGAAACCUUACGAAUGUAAUGAAUGUGGUAAAGCCUUUUCACAAUCAAGCCAACUCCAACUACAUAAAAGAACACAUACAUACUAAAGAGUAACCCUAUGAAUGUAACCAAUGUAGUAAAGCCUUUACUGUGAUCUUCAAAGGUAUGGUGGUUUAAAUAUACUUGGCCCAUGGCAAGUGGCAGUGUUAGGAGGUAUGGCCUUUUUGGAGUAGAUGUGACCUUUGAGGAAGUAUGUCAAUGUGGAGGGGGGAUGGGCUUUCAGACCUCAUGCUUAAACUCUACCCAGGGCAGAAGAGUCUUCUGGCUGCCUUCUGAUCAAGAUGUAGAACUCUAUCCUCCAGCACCAUAUCUGCUUGGACACUGACAUUUCUUCCACCUUGAUCAUAGACUGAACCUCUGAAUCUGUAUACCUCCCCUCCCCACAAUUAAAUGUCCUUUCUAAGA